GGCUUGGGACCGGGUGAACCCGUGACAAGAAGGCGACUGGCUGGUGUGGGCAUGGACGGUGGCCAUGGCCCCUCUGACCCCGCUGAAUUCUCUAGAGUGUGUGUACCCUUCCGGGAAAGGCUUGUCCUGAGGAGAGCUAGUGGAGGACGCUGUCUUAAGCACCUUUCCUCCGGAAGACGGAAAUACCUGGGAGCUGCUAGUGUUGGAAUUGAUUUGUAAGGCGUUUUGAGAGAACGCCGGAUCCAUCUCAGGUGCUCUGCUGACCUGUGUGUUUACCUUCUCUAUCUGUCUUUCCUCCAUCUCCAACCUUGAGCUGAAGUUUCAGGGAGGGAUUCUUGACUUUAACUCCCUUUGGGCUCAACCCAGCCUCCUGAAGUUUUAAAAAGAUCUAAGCAUGAGCUACCCAGGCUACCCACCGCCCACAGGCGGCUACCCCCCAGCUGCACCAGGUGGUGCCUGGGGAGGCGCUGCCUACCCGCCACCCAGCAUGCCCCCCAUUGGGCUGGAUAAUGUGGCCAACUACGCAGGGCAGUUCAACCAGGACUAUCUCUCAGGAAUGGCAGCCAACAUGUCCGGGACGUUCGGAGGAGCCAAUGUGCCAAACUUGUACCCAGGGGCCCCUGGGGGUGGUUAUCCUCCGGUCCCCCCAGGGGGGUUUGGGCAGCCCCCCUCUGCCCAGCAGCCUGUUCCUCCAUAUGGAAUGUACCCGCCCCCAGGAGGAAACCCACCCUCUGGGAUGCCUACAUAUCCGCCAUACCCAGGGGCCCCUGUGCCAGGCCAGCCCAUGCCACCCCCCGGGCAGCAGCCCCCGGGAGCCUACCCUGGACAGCCCCCCAUGCCCUAUGCUGGGCAGUCGCCAAUGCCACCUCCCGGGCAGCAGCCGAUGCCAAGCUACCCAGGAUACUCGGGGUCCGGGACCGUCACCCCUGCUGUGCCGCCAGCCCAGUUUGGAAACCGAGGCACCAUUGCAGACGCCCCUGGUUUUGACCCCCUGCGAGACGCCGAGGUCCUGCGGAAGGCCAUGAAGGGCUUUGGGACUGAUGAGCAGGCCAUCAUUGACUGCCUGGGGAGUCGCUCCAACAAGCAGCGGCAGCAGAUCCUCCUGUCCUUCAAGACAGCUUAUGGGAAGGAUUUGAUCAAAGAUCUGAAAUCUGAACUGUCAGGAAACUUUGAGAAGACAAUCUUGGCUCUGAUGAAGACACCGAUCCUCUUUGAUGCUUAUGAGAUAAAGGAAGCCAUCAAGGGAGCCGGCACUGAUGAAGCCUGCCUGAUUGAGAUCCUGGCCUCCCGCAGCAACGAGCACAUCCGGGAAUUGAGCAGAGCUUACAAGACAGAAUUCAAAAAGACCCUGGAAGACGCCAUUCGGAGCGACACAUCAGGGCACUUCCAGCGGCUCCUCAUCUCUCUCUCUCAGGGAAACCGGGAUGAAAGCACAAAUGUGGACAUGGCACUCGUCCAGAGAGACGUGCAGGAGCUCUAUGCAGCUGGGGAGAACCGCCUGGGAACAGAUGAGUCCAAGUUCAAUGCAAUUCUGUGCUCCCGGAGCCGGGCCCACCUGGUGGCAGUUUUCAACGAGUAUCAGAGAAUGACAGGUCGUGACAUUGAGAAGAGCAUCUGCCGGGAGAUGUCUGGGGACCUGGAGGAGGGCAUGCUGGCCGUGGUGAAAUGUCUUAAGAAUACUCCAGCCUUCUUUGCUGAAAGGCUCAACAAGGCCAUGAGGGGAGCAGGAACCAAGGACCGGACCCUGAUCCGCAUCAUGGUGUCUCGCAGCGAGAUUGACCUCCUGGACAUCCGGGCGGAGUAUAAGCGGCUGUACGGCAAGUCGCUGUACCACGACAUCACGGGAGACACUUCAGGGGAUUACCGGAAGAUUCUGUUGAAGAUCUGUGGUGGCAACGACUGAGUGGUGACUGGUGGGUCACUUCUGUCCACCUGCUGGCAACAGCAUUUCCAAGAAAAGGCCAAAAGAAUAUCUGUUUCUAGCAAAUCCACAAAAUAGCCCCCUGGUGUCCCAGUGUGGACCAUCCAUAGAACCCUGGCCCUGUCCUCCACCUGCCCUCCUGAUCCACGUAUUGUGCUCGUGCUGAAGGACCUGGGCUGGUCUUGAACUCUCUUAGGAUGUCCCCCCUCCACUCCUCAUAGCCUCUUGCUGCUGAAGUAGCUGUUUUGUUUCCUGACUCAUGCAAUCAUUCCCCUUUGCUGUGGCUGAGACGCUUGGCUUCAUUUUAUUCAUGGACUUUUGUAUGUUUAUUUGGAGGCAUUUUUAAAAAAUAUAUAGUCAUUGCCAGACAGAUACACACACAUUUGCUAUAGAUGCAAUUCAGGUAAGAGAGGUGGAGGUUGGGGGCAUCAUAUCUUCACUGAGGAGUAAAAGGGAAAACCUUGAAGGGUACUCUUUGCGUCUGGUGCGAAUGUGUCGUGAGCUUUGUUAUUGCCAAAGUCACUCCUUUUUAGAAGAAAAAAAAAAAAAAAAGACCAGACAGUCCUCUGUUCCUUCUUUCAUGCUGAACCAAAAGAACAAAGCCAGCUCCCUGUCAGUGACAGGGCUUCUUAUAAUUGAGAAUGUGCCUUAAACGUGAAUGUCGAUGCUCAAAAGCUGUUUCUAGAUUAAAGUCAGCCAGUUCUGGAA